CCCUUCCUCUUUGCGCGUUCCUUUCCAUCCGCGUGCCCGUGGGUGAGCCUGUGUGUCCACUGAGGGGUUCAACCGAGAACAGAAAUGCCGACUAAAAUCAUGUUUGAAAGCGAAGACCCAGCCAUGGAGGAAGCUGUAGACACCGCCGCCCUGAAGGUCAAGACCAAGGAGGGCAAGAAGCUGAAGAAGAAGCUGCAGCAGCAGCAGCAGCAGCAGCAGCAGCAAGAGGACCUGGAAGUGCAGGAGGACCCAGAAUGUGAACCUCCAGCAUCCAAGAAGAAAAAGAAAAAAGACAAGCUGGCAACGGACCAAAUGAACGACCACAUAGAGGAAGCCACAGACAUGAAUGGCAACAGUAACGGUGUUGAAACACCAAAGCAGAAGACUAAGAAGAACACAGAAGGGGACACCGAGAAAAAAAAGAAAAAGCAAAAGAAAGCAAUCACAGAGGACACAACCAACGGACAUUCCACCCCGAACACCCCCGUUCAGACGCCCAUCCAGACGCCAUCCCAGUCUAGUGAGGAAUCGGCUAGCGACAGCGAAAAAGAAACGGUGGAGACACCAGAGCAGAAGGAAGGAGCCUUCUCCAACUUCAGGAUCUCCCAGGUCACCAUCGAUAAACUGAAAGCUCGAGGAGUCUCUUACCUGUUUGACAUUCAGGUGAAAACAUUUAAUUCUGUAUAUGAUGGAGAGGAUGUAAUUGCACAAGCCAGGACAGGAACAGGAAAGACCUUCUCCUUUGCCAUCCCUUUGGUGGAAAAGCUCCAGAAAGAUUCAGUGCAGUUGACCAGAGGCCGGGCUCCCAGGGUCCUGGUGUUAACUCCAACCAGAGAGUUGGCUAUCCAGGUCGCCAAGGACUUCAAAGACAUUAUCAAGAGACUGUCUAUCACCUGUUUCUAUGGAGGCAGCUCAUACAACCCACAGGUCGAUGCUAUCCGUAAUGGUAUCGAUAUUUUGGUUGGAACCCCCGGUCGCAUCAAGGACCACCUCCAGAACAAUAAACUCGACCUCUCUAAACUGAAACACGUUGUUCUGGAUGAAGUAGACCAAAUGUUGGACAUGGGCUUUGCAGAACAGGUCGAAGAGAUUUUGUCUACAUCAUAUGAGAAAGACUCCGAGUCCAACCCACAGACUCUUCUGUUUUCGGCCACUUGCCCCCCCUGGGUCUACGAGGUCGCCAAGAAAUACAUGAGACCAGAGUGCAAACAUGUUGACCUGAUUGGCAAGAAAACACAGAAAGCUGCAACCACUGUAGAGAGUACCCAGUCCCUUCAUGGUGAUAUUCCUCAGAAACAGAGAGAGACGACGCUGAAGGGCUUCAGGAAUGGGUCUUUUGAGGUUCUGGUUGCCACCAACGUUGCAGCCCGUGGAUUAGACAUCCCCGAAGUUGACCUUGUGGUCCAGUGUUCUCCACCCAAGGAUGUGGAGUCAUACAUCCAUCGUUCAGGCCGUACGGGCCGAGCAGGCAGAACUGGAGUCUGCAUCUGUUUCUACCAGAGGAAAGAAGAGGACCAGCUGCGCUACGUAGAAAACAAAGCAGGCAUCACAUUCAGACGAGUUGGCGUUCCCACUGCCAAUGAUAUCAUCAAGUCAUCGAGCAAGGAUGCCGUAAGGUUCCUGGACUCUGUUCCAGUCACAGCUAUCGGAUACUUCAGAGAGUCAGCUGAGAAGCUAAUUGAGGAAAAAGGAGCCGUUGAAGCACUAGCUGCUGCCCUGGCCCAUAUUUCUGGAGCCACAAGUCUAGAGCAGAGGUCACUGCUCAACUCUGAUGCUGGUUACACCACUGUGCAGUUGGUGUGUUCUCAGGAAAUGCAUAAUCUGGGUUACGCCUGGAGAAGCAUCAAAGAACAGCUUGGAGAAGAGUUUGAGAACCACGUUCACAGAAUGACCUUCCUUAAAGGCAAAAUGGGAGUUUGUUUUGAUGUCCCAGCUGACAAAGUCAAGGAGAUUCAGGAGCACUGGACGGAUGGUCGCCGUUGGCAACUGACUGUAGCCACAGAACUCCCGGAGCUGGAAGAGAAGCAGUUCAACAACCGCGGUGACCGAGGUUUUGGCGGCGGUAACCGUGGUGGAGGAGGGUUCAGAGGUGGAAGGGGGCGGAGUUUUGGAGGAAGUGGGGGGCGUGGCUUCAGGAGCGGAGGUGGCGGCGGUGGGGGUGGCUAUGGCAACAACAGAGGAGGACACAAACGCAGCUUCAGCCAAGCUUUUGAUUAUUGAAGUGGCAACCUGUGGACUGAUAAGACUGACUGUCACUGUCAUCUGGGCUGGCAGUGAUUUGUAUUGGCUGUCAGUGAGUGAUGGAUGUGUGGCUGGUGGAAAUCUCAAACAAGCUGAAUUGAAAGCAUUCAAAUAUUCAAAGUUUUAUAUUCAGUGACGACCAAUGUCCCCCUCUCUGAAAAUAAAGUCAACUUCACAUAUCUGAGAAAUUAGAUUUAUCCCCAAGUAUCCAUUUCCUAUGGGUUUAAGAACAGUGUAUACAGUACAUUAACACAGACCCACUGGCAGCCAUUUUGUAAUGCCUGACUUGUACAUCUUUUAGGUGAUACCUUACUUAAAGCUCAUGAAAUGAUAUGUUCUUUACAACUGAACUACAUCUUUCAGUUGCUAUGUCUCGAAUGCCAUAGGAUAAAAAAAAAAACCUUGACUAAUCAACCUAUAGUAAAAGUUAAGCAUAGUGUGAUGUCCGCACAUCCACUGAGGUGAAGUGUUACUCUUUUUAUACUGGGUGUUUGGGGAUCGGUGACAGCAAUCAGGCCUGAGCCUUUGUCCACAAUAGAAGGGGCACUAUUCUGACCUCACAACUUGUAAACAUGCUACUUGUGGUAUUACUACACUAGAUAACUCUGCAAUUGUGUGGUACCAUGAAGGUGCACUGUACUGCAGACACUGUCAAGUGGGAGGCAUUGUGUUUCUGCUCUGCUCUCACAGAGAACAGUGAUGAAAUGGGUGUUAACUUUUACAGUUGUGCGCAGUGUUGGAUUGCCGCCAUCAACUGAAACCGCUCUCCCCAAAUAUAUAUUGGAUGAUUGCUUUGCAAUUGCCUCUAUUUAAUAACUGUCUACUGCUUCCAUUCAUUUGAAUGAAAAGACUUGUCCAUUAAAAAAGUCAACUCAG